UCGGACUGUGGAAAGGAACGGGAACGAAAGCAGUUACAUGUAGUUUGUGAUUGCAGUGGAUACACUUUUCCGCUCAGAUGUGACAACGGAUGUUACUUAAUUCUCACAUGAGAACCUGAUGCGAAAGUCAACGAUGGUCAUUUUAGUAAAGUCCAUUACCUGGCUACCUUUCAUUCUAACUGUAUCAGGAGUAAUUUGCGACAACCCUUGUGAUCCGGGAUUGUACGGAAAACGUUGUGACAAGCGUUGCAAUGACAACUGCCGCUCUGAUAUGAAUAGGAAUAUCUAUUGUGAGAAACACUCUGGAAUAUGCCUACUGGGUUGUGCUCCUGGAUGGUAUAAUGACAAAUGCACUAUCCCGUGUAGCAAAAAUUGCAUUGGUGGUGUGUGUUACCAAAAUGGACAGUGCACAUACGGUUGCAAAGGAAACUAUGGAGGGGCUUUGUGUCACGAACCUAAAGUGUAUCCCCCACAUGUGCCAGAUGAAAACAAUGGACACAUCAUUUUGAUCGUCAUCGGCGUUGUUCUGUGCAUCCUCGUUGUAGGCGCUGCAAUCAUCAAAUUCGCGAGGCCGAGACUCAGCGGACAUUGCAAUACCAACUCUGGGGAAUCUGACGCUGAUGCAGAUGAAGAGGAGGCCAUGAGUUUUGACGGAAGUUUACAAACACAACUAUUCACAAUCCACGAUUCAAGCUACCGGAGAGACUUGGAUGUGUGAAAAGCAUCUUGUCAAAGGGACAGAGGAACAUAUAAACUCUGUGUACAUAUUGGAGGGCACCGGUAAUGUGGUCAAAACUUCAGAAAGAGAAAGAAGUGUUUGAUUUUCUUGUGAAAGACAACGCCGACUUGUCAAUGACAGACGAGUGUGGAAACAACAUACUCCAUGCAGCCUGCCAUGGAUAUUGUUCGGUAUCUUCUCUCACGUAGCUUAGUGGACAUCAACUGUAAAGACAGAUACGGUCGGACAGCAGUGAUGAUGGCAGCACACGGGGGAUCCAGUGAUUUGUUUGGUUUACUUUUUACUAAUGGAGCUGAUCUUGCCUUAGCCGAUAGCGCUGAUGACACUGUUCUCCAUCUUGCCUCUCAUGGAGGUGAAAUUGGAUUAGUGGAGGAUGUACUCUUGCACAAUAUUGUGAACAUUGACGCGAGGAACAAGGAUGGAAAAACAGCAACCAUGGUUUCAAAAGACAAUGGUCAGAUGUUAAUGUAUGAUCUUCUUGGGACGCGUGGCUGUCCCGAGAAUUAAUGUUAUUAGUAUUUUCAAUAUUCAAUAAAAUGCUAACAUGUCACAUUACUGUCAACUAAUUGUAUCAAUAGACGACAACAUAAAAGAUCAAAAACCAAAUGUACAUUGACAAUGAUCACUGAUUAAUUAUAUCCGAUCAAAUACACAAGCAGAUUAGCUGAACAGCUUUAAUAAAUUAAACAUCUUUCA